CACCUUAUUAAACAUGGUUUGCGCACCGAAACAGGUCUGGUGAUUGAAACAGGCGCAGCACUUGAGGUUCACCAUUUUGCAACCUUGGCAGGUUACGGCGCAGAAGCUGUUAAUCCUUGGUUAGCUUUUGAGACUAUCGCGGCUAAUUUGUCUGAUUUCGAGUCGAAAAUAGACAUAGAAACUGCGAAUAAGAACUUUAUCAAUGCAGUGGGUAAAGGCUUAAAGAAAGUGAUGUCAAAGAUGGGUAUAUCAACGUACCAGUCUUAUUGUGGCGCACAAAUUUUUGAUGCAGUGGGUUUAUCAACCAAGCUUGUGGAUGAAUACUUCAAA